AACCACUCUGAAAAGAGAAAAAGUUGCAGAAAAUAUGUCAGAAGAAUCACCGAGACAGACAGGAAAUCCUUCAAUGUGAAAGUGAGUUAGUCACCUGCAUGCUUCACUUACACAGUAUUCUGUCACAGCAGUGAAGUGUGUCAGGGGUGGAGGCGCAGGUCAAGAGUAACUUUGUAGAUUUCUGACGGCGUCUGUUUCUGCCAGCAGAAUGGAAGGACAGACACCGGCUCUGCCUGCCAAACAGCACAGAAGUCAUUCCUUCAGUCGCUCCAGUGUGGAGUCUGACUCUGUUUCGCUCAGCCCUGUUCAACUCCAGCAUCAAAACUACACAUACAAUGAUGUCUUCCCUGAACCCACCGACUGUUAUGCUGCCCAGUGCCCCAUACACCAGCGCUAUGAUCCUUCCCAACACCAAGUGAGAUUUUUCUCCGAUGGCACCCCGCCGCCUGUUCCAAAGAAGAGCUUAGCUCGCACCCUCUCCCUCCCUGGCACCAGUGUGCCUCCACACUCUCCUCUGUCUCCCCGGCAAAGGCACCCUCAACACUUUGACAACCCCGUGUACAUGCUGGGACCAAUACCUGACACCUAUUUCCAUGAGGAGACAGAAGAUUUUAAACCAGAUACAAGUACCGUCCCCCUGCUGCCCUUCUCCCAGCUGUCCUUUGACACCCCAGAUGAACAUCUGCCUUACCUUUUCAGCCAUUUUGACAACCAGCGGGUUGUUUCUCAGGGGAUUCAGCAUCGUCAUCUACUCUUUCUGAGAAGUAUGGCGCAGAGCCUGGAGGCCGAGAUCCUGCUUCAAAAAGAGACCACAGAGAGGGGCAUCAGCUCAUACCAACCUCAGGAUUUCCUGCUGUGUGAGGGCUGCAAGCCAAAGCAGAUUGGAGACACGGUUUAUUACAGCCUACACAGUCCCAAGUUCCCAGGGAGGGUGCUUGGUUUGAGGAUAUGCAAAGAGAGUGAUGAAGCUCCCUCAGCUCAUACUGAUCACCAUUCAUCACAUGUUAAUGUACAAGAUGUUAUUGUUCAUUUUCAACCCAGCAACAUCCUGUGGAGUGAUGCCAUCACUUCCCAAAGUCAAGAUCCCUGCCGCACUGCUCCUAAGCCACCAGGUGGAGACAACACUGAGGACACCAUCACUCUGCCUUCAGUUCAGUCUUUACUCCAGAAGGGACACCGUGUAAGCAUUGAGAGAGACCUGCCAUGUGUCACUCUGGAGGACUUUGUUCAGGAUAGCAACUCACUACAAUGCACAGAGGGUUUGGUUUAUGACAGACAGGUAUGCAUUUUGUUGCUGCAGAUUUUAAUGGGUACACAGCAUCUGUACAACACUGCUGCCAGUGCAGCUGAGCUCAGACCCCGGGACAUACUCCUAGUGUGGCCCAGCAGGGAGAAGCACAAGGGAGAAAAUAAGCUAGAGGAGGAAUCUUUUGAGUGGAAGAGAGGUUUGAAGACAAGCAGAUCAAAAAAAGAAAUGGAGUGGGAAAAGACAGAGAAAAAAGGGAGGGUCCAGAUGUUGUGGAGGAUGCAUGGUUCUGCUCGUGUGGUAUUAACCCUGCAGUCCUCUACUCUGUCCGCACCUCACCACAUUCUCUCCAUCAAAUCCCAAAUUAGAGCCUUAAUUCAAUACUGCCUGCCCCCACAAGAGAACCCGACAUCCUUGUACCAUAGGGGACUUCUUUAUCUGUGCUCUGUACUCCAGAAUGAGAGCAGUGGGCCCCAGAUAGCCAAAGUGGUGGCCAUGCUUCAGGUGCUGCUCUGGGGCCCUCAUGUCCCGCUCUUCAAUCACAGAGGCUCCAUGACCACGGCUGUUUACAACUGGCUCUCAAUCAAACGGGCCCUGCUGGUGAUGAAGCUGGCAGAGAGAGGGCUGUUCCAGGACCAGUCUGUUCUGGACUGGGAGGACUGUAUGUGCCUGCAAUACCUGUCAUUUACAGACCCUGAGACAGUUGUGACCAUGAUCAGUCAGUUAUGGCCAACUGUGGAGGCUGAUAUGCACAGUCAAUAGGUGAAAUUGCUGAGUGCUUCUUGAAAUCAAACCGUUCCUUGAAUGACUCUUUGGUAGCUACAGUAAACCGUCAAUCUUAAUGAGGAUAUUCAUAUAAUGUAAAAUUAGUCUAAUCCAGGGGUGGGCAAUUAUUUUUUCCAUGGGGCCACAUGAGAAGCAAAAAUAUUGUGGAGGGCCGGGCCAAAAGGCUGAACUCAAUUUUGCAUAAUAUUAAUUGUAUUUCUUUAUAA